UUGGUGCAUGUAGUGAAAUGCAGUUUGAUGCCACAGUGUGUUUUCUGUAGUGGAGCUGCUCUCUCUCUGUAGAGGAGUGUGUGUCUUCCUUCACCGCCUCCCUGCAGCCCAGCAGCCCUCCCUACCUCCUACCUCCUACCCGCCUCCCGGGCUCUUUUUCCCACUGCUGAGAGGAGCAGGACGCGGCCACAGCGGCGGGAAGCAAAUUAUCUACAAGUACUUCCCUUAAAAAAAAAAAAAAAAAAAGUUCACACUCACAUACACAGAUGCCAGGACAAGUAGCGACUCACACCGACUUAGACCUGAUGGAGGCAGCUGACUGGGAAUAACCUGAACAGGAGGAUAUAUAGUGAAGCAAAAAUGGAUAUUUAAUUCAAUUUUUUAAAUUUAAUUUAGGUGGGUUUUUUUCUUGCUUUUGCUGCACUUAACCUGGUUUUAAAAUACUCAACUCUAAAUAACCUUCAACAGGAUUUUAGGCCUGAACGUAUUUUGUGUUUUAUUAAGACGCACCUGGAGGAACAAGCGCACAAGAGGACGGUGUAAGACAGACAGGGAACUUCUUUUAUAGCCUUUAUAUAUAUGAUCUCUUUAUAAUAAUCAUCUAAUAAAAGGACAACAAUGUCUGGAUGGAGGAUGACCUGACUUUUUAAUGCAACAAACGUGUUGGAUGCAGAGGAGGAGCUCCCAAAGUCACCACAAACUGAGAGAAAACAACAAAAUCUCAAAGAAAAAUUAAAAGCUGCUUCUGCACUUGGUUUGUGUGGAAAGUGUGGCUGGUGUGGGUGCUGUUAACAGGCUCUAGUGCAUUAACAGCAGCUGUCAAACCCAUGGGAGCCUCCUGCGACUGGGAGCUCUGCUGAAGUCUCCACUGCGCAUGUGCGACUGCUGGACAGCUCCAGAGAGGGAAAUUUAAAAACGGUUUUUGGGAGAAUCAAAGUGCAACACAGAGAAAUACAGUACAGGGGCUCUCGACCGGCUCACACACUCUUCAAUAACACCCAAAACAGUGGUACCACAUAUCCCAGGAAAUGAUAGAAGGUGGAAUUACAUCCAUGAUGUCAGGAAUAAUUGAGAAUGCCGGGCAUCAUCCGUCUCCACAGGACUACAGGCUUCUGACCACGGACCCCUCCCAGCUGAGGGAGGAGGACCUCCCUGGGGACCUGCAGUCUCUGUCAUGGCUCACCUCUGUGGAUGUGCCCCGACUCCAGCAGAUGGCUGAUAGCCGGGGCCACAGUAACGGGCCCUCCCAGGGCAGCUUGUUGGAGCAACAGACAGCUCAGCUGAGCAACAUGACUGCGAUGACAGCAGGUCAAGGCUCCAUGCUCCACCUCCAGAGCAACAUGCAGCACAGCCCUCUGGGAAUCAGCAUCAUCAACACCCACAGCGGAAGUAUGUCUCCAUUCUCCAUGAAUGGGCUGCCCUCACCGGGAUACCAGUGCCCUACCUCAGUCUACCAGCCGACACCCCAGCAGGUGUACUCUCUAACCCAAACUGGACAACAGUGUUCAACUGGUGGGCUUUAUAGCAAUGUCUCUUUCAACAACCAAAGUCUAUUCACACAACCUCGUCUGGCUCCGCAAGACCAGGAGCUGCAGCCCAAGUCUUUCCCCAAGCCAAUCUAUUCCUACAGCUGUUUGAUUGCCAUGGCUCUGAAGAACAGCAAAACUGGCAGCCUCCCAGUCAGUGAGAUCUAUAGCUUUAUGAAGGAACACUUCCCUUAUUUCAAGACUGCACCUGACGGAUGGAAGAACUCAGUCAGACACAACCUGUCCUUAAACAAGUGCUUUGAGAAAGUGGAGAACAAGACGAGCAGCUCGUCCCGUAAGGGCUGUCUGUGGGCGCUGAACCCUGCCAAAAUUGACAAGAUGGAGGAAGAGAUGCAGAAGUGGAAACGCAAGGACCUCCCAGCCAUCCGCCGCAGCAUGGCGAACCCUGAUGAGUUGGACAAACUGAUCACAGACCGCCCGGAGAACUGCAGGCGUAAGGCUCUAGAGGCCGGCAUGACCCGUCUGACCAGUUGCCCCGCUGGCCUGCCGCUGUCCGUCCCAUCCCAGAUGCAUCCACAGCCAAUCGUCACGCUGUCCCUGCCCUGUUUACCCAUGCACCAGCACCACCAGCUCCAGGCCCAGCUCCACGCUCAGGCCCGCCUGUCCCCCAUGUCCCCUGCUCCGGCUCAGACACCCCCUCUCCACACGGUCCCUGACCUUUCCCACAGUCCACUCACCCAGCACGGCAGCAAGCCGCCGGAUGAUUUCUACAGCGUGCAUGGUGACACACACACAGAGGUGGAUGCACUGGACCCUAGCAUCAUGGACUUUGCCCUUCAAGGUAAUCUGUGGGAGGAAAUGAAGGACGACAGCUUUAACCUGGAUGCGUUGGGCACCUUCAGUAACUCUCCCCUCCGACUAUCAGACUGUGACUUGGGAACAGCCAACCUGACUCCCGUCUCCAGCGGAGUGAACAUGCCGCUGUCAGACAUGCAAGUGACAGGCCUCUACACCUCCUACACCUCCCAGGACCACCUGUCUUCCCAGUACAUGGGCGCACCGGCCAACAUCAAGCCCAUCGUCCUGUUAUAA